GUUGAUAAGAGUGCCCCACCAUACGGUAGAUGAGGUUGCUGUUGGUUGAUGAUAAACGCAUCGGAAUCGUUGUUAAAACAGAGUCUCGCGUGGUGUGGUAAGCUCGCGGAUGCACACAGUUACAUGCUCGAUUGGGAGGGGACAGCUGCACUUGAACUCGCUCUCUCGUCGUCGACGACGAUGUGAUCCUCGUUGUUGGCUGCCUGUGCUUCUGCACACAACGGAUUCACAAGUCAUUCGGUGACGAUCGUCUUGAUUGUGAACACGAGCCCAGGUUGAGCACAAAUGGCCGCGACUAGUCUGGAUACCGGGAGUUUGCUGUUCGAGGAGAAACCCCUGCACAUGCCAACGCUGCAGGAGCUACGUGAUGUGCUUGCCGAUGGUUUAAAAUCAUGCUUCACGACGGUCGACGUCGAGGUAGUGGAGUGUCCGGAUUUGACGCGCGCACCCUUUCACCUGGCCGGUGGGGGGCUAUGCGGUUCGGCAACGCUCGUCGAGAUUGGUGGUCCACCCUAUCUUCUACCGACCGUCGAUCGUAGCAAGCUGUACGAUGUGAUCGAGGUAUCGAAACGUGCGCUACCGGAUACCGUUGCCUCCAGCAAGUCCUUCAUUUCGAUCGGUGCCGGUGCUGGACCGUUCCCGCUCGUAGACUCCAACUGCGAGGGUAUAUUCAACGUGCGUCACAGCCCACCAGGUACGAUCGUCAGUGAGAGCCACCUGGCAAUCGUGGCACCGGAAACUGGCAAGGCGUCGAUUCGUAAGAUACCGAACACGGAAACACGGUGCGCACUAUUGGCGAACCUGCUCGUAUCGGAGGGUAGGCCUGGUCCGGUACUGAAGGUCAGCUGUAAGCGGCGCACCGGAAACAAAGACUUUAUAGCGAGCAUCCGCACCUGCCUGGCGGAUCGGUACGGUGACGAGCAGACGGUCGGAUUGGGUGGUGUAUUUCUGCUGGUCGCGGGAAAGGCGAAACAACACGUGAUGUCUCCGUUCUCGACCACACCGAUCCACACCGAGGAGCAGCUGAACGAGUGGCUCAACUUCUACGAUAUGCCGGCACCACUCAUCAACCUUGGCACGCUCGUCACGAACGAAUGCGAUCUCGAUUUGCGGCUCCAGCACUUCCACUCCUUCUCGACGCACGGUCACGGUGGACAUUAUCAUAUCGACACGACACCCGAUACGGUCGAGUACGAAGGAUACUUUGUCGUUGGGGAGCGGAUCGUGCGUGUCGAUAAACCACUCAUCACGCACAAGUUCGGACGGGACUAGAGGGGGCCAAGAAUAUGGUAAUGCAGCAGCAUACAUCUGCGCGCGGUGGCCCCGAAGAGAAGGAUGCAUUAAUAAACACGGAUUGAUAAGAA